GUGAACUCUUGCUCCACGGAACCUUUGGUCCUCGGAGUAAACUCCUAAAGCCCCAUCAUAUUGGUAUCAGACCACGAGAUGCGGUUCAAUCGCUCCCCUUGGCUGGCCAUGUCCAUCUUUCUUCUGAUUUCCCUCUGUCGAUCCCAAACGCACAAUUUCAGUUCAUUACCUAGUUGCGCUCAAAACUGUGUGAAGGACACCUUCGCAAGCACAACAUGUCAUCCAUUAUCGAGCUCCGGCGCAUCCUGCGCCUGCCGCGAUACUGCCACCUUAGACAAAGCUAGCGACUGUAUCGCAACAUCAUGCGGUCGCAAGGACCAACUGAGCGCACUCAACCUGACCUUCAGGGCUUGCACCAACAAGACAGCGCGCGACAGAUCAACCAGCUAUCGCCACAUCAAUGUCGCCUUCUACAUCUUAGCCAUUCUAGCAAUGGGCACUCAAUGGUUGGUGCGCUUCAGUGUCGGGCGACUCCACUGGCUAGACGAUGGCAGUUUGGUCAUGGUUCUAGCUGUGGACACUCUUUUAUUUGUAGUCUGCUACAAGAUGUCUUGGACAGGUCUGGGUCGCGAUAUAUGGAAUGUGCCUUUCGAGCAGAUCACUAUCACGCUGUUGCAUUUCUGGGUCAGCGAAAUCGCGUAUUUCUCCACCCUCGGCUUUGUCAAGAUCUCUUUCUUGCUCUUCUUUCUGCAGAUUUUCCCUGAGAAGCGCUUCAGGCGAACCGUAUGGACCGUGAUCUGGCUCCAGAUUGCAUCGAUAAUCGCGUUUGACUUAGCCGCUACCUUCGUCUGCACGCCCAUCAGCUUCGCGUGGGAGCGAUGGGACGGAGAGCAUACCGGAAAGUGCAUCAACAACAAUGCGCUUGCCUUUACGCAUGCCGCACAUUCCAUACUUACUGACUUCGUCACCUUAUCGCUGCCGAUCACGCAAAUUUGGAACUUGCAUCUAGGACUGAAGAAGAAGAUUGGCGUGCUUCUCAUGUUCAGUGUUGGAGCUUUCGUCACUGUCGUCUCGAUGCUUCGUCUUCGAUCCCUCGUUCACUUUGCCAACACCACUAAUAUGACAUGGGACUACCUCGAAGCCAGCCUGUGGUCGGUCAUUGAAUGCCAAGUUGCCAUUAUCUGCACCUGUAUGCCUUCAAUCCGGCUCGGUCUUAGUCGCCUCUUUCCAAAUAUCAUGGGUAGCACAAACCAUUCUACAGCAAAGGAUACCGGAGCUCCAUCCAGACGCAGCCACGCGCUCACCGCUUUCAGUGGGCUUACUGGCAAUGAAAUCAAUGUACAGACUACGUUCAAGACCAGCCACAUGAAGAAGGGCCAGACGAACGACGAUGAGAGAAGCUUUGUACAGUUGGUUGAGAUUGAAGGAGACUCGAAGAGCGUGAAAACCUCUGCCAGCUAGGUUAGCUGAGUAUUACAUUUUAUCUGGGUGAGGAGGGAGGGAAACAUUUAGUUACACGCUAUCGUGCAUCACAAAAGCGACGAAGUUCGCAGAGAAAACGUUGGACUUAUUUUAUAAAAGACCCUCCUGUAAUGACUCACAACUCUGCAGACUGCGCGGAAUCUUCUUUUCCAGUACAUUCCGCACAUUUCA